AUGGCAGAGGAGGGAAAAGCCAUACCGGUGGGCAGUAGAGUGGCCAUCAACAAUAAACCAGAGAUUGGUGAGGGUACAGUCAAGUACUGUGGAAUGACCAAGUUUCAGACGGGUCGAUGGGUUGGAAUAGAGCUGGACGCAGCCAACGGCAAAAACGACGGUACGGUGCAGGGCGUCAAGUACUUUGAUUGCAAGCCUGCACACGGCAUCUUUGUCAAGCCGCCUGCCGUACUCGUAGUGUCGCUCCCUGCCGAGGCAGAGGAGAUCGAUGACUCCAAGCUGAUGCCGCCUCCACCAGCGGUGACCGCUGCUCCACCAACUACACCCACGACAUCGGGCUUGAAAGCACCGGCAUCAUCAGGCAUCAGACCACCAUCAUCACUUGGCAAGAGGCCAUCAUUGACACCAUCAACGACAACGACCACAACAAAGACAUCACCACCUACAGUGACUCCAACACUCACUUCAACGUCACCAGCUGCGAGUGAAGCGCCUGUUGAGACAAGUCCACCAACGACCACAACAACAACAUCAGGAUUGAAGAAGCCUGCUGCAGCAUCGAGCGAUAGUACACCAGCACCAGCAGCUGCGACAACAAAGAAGGAGCCAUCAUCUGGACUCAGACCACCAUCAUCCAUUGGUAUGAGGGCUUCAACAACACCUGCUGCAGCGACAACAGAGACAAAGAAGACACCAGCUGCAACAAGUACUGCCGCACCAAAGACUGAGACAACCAAGCCAGCAGCAGCAGCAUCAACAGAAACUUCAUCGUCAAAGAUAUCGAGACUAUCAACGUCAACUAAGCCAGCAGCUACUGCCACAACUGCACCAGCACCCGCGACUGCACCAGCUGCAACUCCUGCAGCACUACCAGCAACUUCAACCACAACCACAACCACAACAACAACUACACCUGUUGUCGUUGAGAAGGAGCCAGCAGUCGUGCAACAACAACCAACUCCUACACCCGCUACUCAGGCACCAGAGCCAACUCCUGUUCAUACAGAGCCAGCUCCAGCACCAGCCCCAGCCACAACUCCAGCACCAGUCGCAGUCCAAGCAACAACUGCGCCAUCACCAUCAACUGCUUCACCAACACUGGAUAGGAAGCCAAAGAUUGUACAGGGCGAGGAUGAUGAUGAGGAGGAAGAAGACGACGAUGAUGAGGAUGACAUCAAGGAGAUCCUCAAGAGCACGCCAACAAAGAAGGCAGCUGCACCACAGAUGAAUGAGAAUGUCGAGAAGAUGAUCAGUGCUAUCAACGAGCUCACUGAAUACAAGACCAAGGCACAGGAGCAAAUCGCUGAUCUUCAGAACAACCUCAAGGAGGUCAACUUGUCCAAGGACAAGUCCAUCAGGGAGCUGGAGAAGCAGGUGCAACACUUGGAAAAGUCACUCAAGGACAAGGACAAGGAGACAGAGAAUGCACUCAAGAGUCAACAGAGACAUGAUGAAUCGGCAGAGAAGCAGUUGACAAAGGAGAAGGGUCUUUGGGAGAAGGAGAGACUGGACUUGUUGGAGCAGCUGACAAACUUGAAUGAGACGAUUGAGAUGAUGACACUGGACAAGGAGUUUGCAGAGGAAAAGGUGGAAGUCGCCGAGAAUGAGUUGGAGUUGGUCAGAAGCGAGUAUGAGCUACUAAAGAGCAAGAUGGAGGCUGAGGAGUUGGAGAAGCAGGCCGCCAGCAACAGCUCGUUCUCCACGCCAAUGUCUGGCGAGGAGGGUGGCGAGAGCGCAGCCGUUCUCAAGGCCCAGAACGAGAAGCUCAAGGAGACUUUGGUCAAGAUGCGCGAUAUGGCACUCAACGAGAAGCACGAGACCUCCAAGCGAUUGAAGGACUUUGAUACCACCGUCAAGCAGAACGCCGCUCUGCUGGACAAGGUGUCCAAGCUCGAGACCGACCUCACCAAGAAGCUAGAGGAGGCUGAGGAGCUGAGACAGGCACUCGAAGACGCCGCCACAUCCGAGUCAUUGGUGACCGAUCUCUCCGAGAAGAAUCUAGAGCUGAGUGAGCAGGUCUCUGAGCUGGAGACCAUGGUGGGCGACUUGGAAGCCAUGCGCGAUUUGUCUGCAGAGCUGGAGGAGAACCAGGCCGCAGUCGAGAAGGCCCUGCGUUCCGACCUGCACUCAAAGGAGGUGGAGAACCUCAACCUGAAUGGCAAUCUGGCAAACAUGCAGCUGAAGCAACAGGAGAACGAGAGCACAAUCACUCAGUUCAGAACACUCGUGUCCAAGCUGCAGAUCAAGAUCGAGGAGUUGAAGCGAAACGAGGAGAAACAUGCCGAACAGAACUCAAUGUGGGCUAUGGUCCAACAGGAGUUGCUCAGCAAGAACAUCCAUCUCCAGAACCAGGUGACCAAGGCCACGGCAAUGGAGAUCGAUCAUCAGCUGGAGAAGUACCGCUCGAAGGAGGCCUCCCUGCAUCUGGGCUACGUCUCAGAGUUCCUGCCCGAGCAAUCAUUCUCUGCCGACAACGACUCGAUCAAGAUAUUGUUGUUGCUACAGCGCAUCGUGCUCAAGUGUGGUCUGGCGCAAAAGUACCUCAACAAGACUUACAAGGUCGAGGAGAUUGGCAUGACACCAACCAGUGGCGAGGCACCAGUCUUGACUGCCGGCGACGUGGGUCACUCCCUACAGAUCAUCCACAUCCUGGACCAUCUGUCCAUCUCGGCCACAUGGCUCAUCGACACACUACAGCGCUGCCAGGUGGAUCAUUGGCUCAGAGCCGGACGCUCGGCUCGCGACCUCGAGCAUCAGGAGAAGGUGCUCGACAAUCUCCUAACACUGAUCAAGCAGGAGCAGUACAGCACGGCCUAUGCCAGCACCGACCUCGAGAAGAUGACUGCCAAGCUGGACGCCAUCCUCGCCAACGUCUUUGGCGAUCGUAUCCACAGGUCCGAAUGGUCAACACUACUCAAUCACAUUCUGAACAUCCAGUACGCCAUCAAACAGAUCAUGCUCAACGAUCACAACAUCUGUUCGAUUGCACUGCACGCCCAGCGCAAGUACUACUUCCCCCAGCAGCUGCUGAGCAAGGCACUGUCCGUCUGCCGCAAGGUCGUCAAGAACCUGCUGCUCAAGCCAAUGCUCAAGCAGUCGUCCAUCGUGAACGAUAUCCUCACGUCUUCAGAAGCCGUUUGCAAGCAGCUGUUGACAUUGUUGAUCGAAGGCGCACCAAAGGUCCACAACGACACAUCCUACUUUGACUCAUUGGUGGCCGGUAUCGAUAUGAAGGCUGAGAUGAUUGCCUCAGCCACCAGAAGUGCUGCCGCUGACAUUGGCGUCGACGACGACGACUCUGCCGCAGAUAGCUCGCUGCCACCCCUUGAGCAAGUGUUUGGUCGCAUGUCCUCACAGCUCAAUGACGUCGUGGACACGAUCCUCGCUGGUGACCUCCAGAUGUCCGCACAGGAGAGCACUGACUUCUUGAACGUCGUACAUCCAUGGGUCGCUCGUGCACAGAUCCUCAAGGCCGCACUCGGCGAGACGGGCAGCUUGAGAGACAUGAUCCAGGCAAAGGAGCAGGAGGCUCUGGAGAACACCAAGAUGAUCAUGGCUCGCGAUGCCGAGCUGUCGGAGGAGAAGCGCAAGGAGGAAGCACUCAACAAGCGUAUCAAGACUUUGCUCAAGAGCGAGACAGACCUGACCGAGACCCUGCAGAAGGAGCAACAGUCACGAGCUGAGAACGAGACCACCUACAAGCAAGCGAUCAAUCGUCUACAGAAGGACAAGAUGUCCAUAGAGCAGGAGCACAAGUCACUGCAGGCUCGCUAUGUGACGCUCGAGAGAGACCAGUCCAAGAAGGUCUCUGCCGCUCCUCAGCAGGAGCAACGCACCGACAAUAUUGAGACGGCGAGCAUGCGCAAGGCCAUCAAACAUUUGCGAAGCGAGAACAUCAGACUGAAGGCUCAGAAGUCUGUUCGCGAGCUUCAAGAGUUGGUUGGCAAUUCCGGCAGCAGGUCUACCAAGUUGUUCAACCUCUCAAAUGUACAUGUCGAGCAGCCAGGCGACAACAGUCCUGCAGCAGCAGGUGCCGCGGCUCCGGCCACAAGCACCAAGACACCAUUGCAUGGAGUGAAGUUCAAUGAGAUAUUGGACUACAGCAAGCAGGUGGACAGCUGCAUUGGCGAUCUGUUGGAGAAGAUGGCCACACCCAAGGUGUUGGAUAUUAGUGGUGGAGGCGCUGCCGCAAGCAAGGUCGCCGACGAAUACCGUAAUAACAUGGUUCAGAAGCAGCUACAGGUCAGUCAGCUGCAGAACAAGAUGACGCAGCUCAUUCAGAACACAAUCUCAACACAACCAUCGUCAUCACAUCACUUUGGACGAUUCACAGACAUUGCAUCGGUCAAAGUCAGGAACGAGGUCAAGUCCACGCACAUUGGCAGUGUCUCAUUGCCUCAUCCACAUCGAAGCAGCAACAGCAACAGCAGCCAAAUGGAUCAAGAGAUUCAGAAGCUGUUAAAGUCAGACAAUGUACCAUUCAUUGUUCAAAUGGACAACGUUCAAUCAUUCAGAAAGGUCCACUCGACAUUUGUAAAUUAG